CAUUGAUGAAUGAUAAGCAAAGCCAUAUGUAUUUUGGAAAUAUUGUUUUUGUCGCUUCAUUUUACAUCUUAUAAGGAUUUAUCCCAGCUGUACGAACGGAAAUCAACUAAUCUCAGGCGUAGAAGAGAUCGUAAAGAGAACUUUUACCUUCAUAUUUGACAAAGAAACAAAAAUCCAGGGACAAAAUCGACAAAUGCUGGCAUGUACUUCGUAUGACAACUACUUCUUUGAUAUAAAGCCACAAAUUUUCGGUGAUUUCUCAGUCAAGCCCUUCGUGAAAUGGGCUUUUUGUUUUCCAAGUUAUGCAGUCUGAUCUUCUCGUCCGAAGGUGAGUGUUGGUUUGCCAUGGUUGUACAAUUUACCAUCUCGUUUGUCUUUGUGAACUUCCUAAGAUUUGAAAUUUUAUAAAUAUGAAUGGCGAUAAUGCCGAACUGAAAUAUUGUGUAAUUUGACUUGAAUAAUUUAAGCUGUGAUAAUGUAGUUCAGUUGAUUACCGCUAUGACGCUAUCACAAAGGACAUGCCCCUCUAAGCUAUAUUCUUUUUCUUGAUAAGCCAAAUUUUAUGAGACUGCAUUGAUUUAAAAUCAAAACAUAACUGAUGGCAAAAUUCCUUUAGUUAAAUGCACUGUCAUGUUUGACUACUAGCAAUACUGUAAGGGUGCUAUGUCCAAAGGCAACAGCUUCUGUUACUUUUGGAUUUAACAGCACUAAUUGGGGUCUCUACUUUCGGGGGACUCAGGCACAGCUACUCUCAAUACAACAUUUUCAGGAAAGUCAGAAAUUUCAGUUGUUACAUCAGUGGUUAUAUCGGUGUUAUUACAUGAGGAUACCUUAUUAGAUGCCGAUCUACCUUACAAUUUUUGCCAUGGUUAUUCAUCUGACAAUGGGUCAUUCCAGAAAACAUCCAUACCACCCCCGCAGAGGAAAUUGGAAGUGUGGAAGUGAACCCCCCUACCCCCUUCGGAUGUCCUAAUACAUUUACUAUUAUCACAAACAAUUUUUUCUCCCCUCCCCCUCCAGACGGCAGAAAUUUCCUCCAUGGAGGGAGUAUGGAUCUUUUCUGGAACGACCCAAUGUAUCCCAAUGUCCUACGGCUAUUAAUCUGACACUGUAUUAUACUAGAGGUGUGCAUCAGAUCAGAUUGGACGUUUAUAAUCCGACAAUUGCCUAAUGUUUAAAUCCGAUCCGAAAUUGUCGAAUCCGAUCCAAGCUUUGAUAAAGAAUUCCGAUCCGAUCCAAAGAAUUCUUUAAUAAAAUAAAUUUCUCACUCAAGUUGAAAUAUUUAACCAAAUAAAUAUAAAAGCAAGAAAUACAUGUCAAGAAGCUGACAAAGUGACGUCCAAUGGAAGUACAGUAUCAACCGUGAUGAUGCUUUGAUAAAUGUGUGGAUAAUUCAUUCUUAUGAUAAUGCGUGGAUAAUUAAUUCAUUUUAUUUCGGAUAUCAAAGUCCGAUCCGAAAUUAAUAUUUUGGUUCCGAAAUCCGAACGAAUCCGAUUGGAUCGGUUUCGGAUCGGAUUUGCACACCUCUAGUACAUACAGCAUUCAUGUCUUUUUGAACCUGUUACACACCCUACAAGCACUCUUACAUAUACACUUGAAAUUCUACUGCCGGAUUUUAUUUGUGUGAUACCGCUUGUUUUCUUGAUAGGCCUGAUACAAAUGUUAUUAAAAGUUUGUGUACAACUGCUUGAUGGUUGUAGCUCUGAUUGGUUGUUUCUAGCAUUAUCAUGCUAUAUUUAACAUAUCGUUUUGAUUGGUUAGUGAUAAAUUAGAUAACGAUAUAUCUAGUGGUUGAAACUAUUAUUAGAUUGUUGUUGUUGUCGUUAUGUGAAAUUAAAAUUUCUCCUGGGGCAUUUUAAUUGGAUACUAAAUAAUAAAAUUUUAGUGUGGGUGGAAAGCAACUGGAUCAAGAUUUGUAUCAGGCUGUGUAUAUAAUACAGAGCAUGGUCACAGGUUACUAAAUAUUGGGAUACAGUGUUGGACAAAUAACCACAGUGAAUGUGUAUAUUAAUUUCUUUUUCUUUAUGACUUUUGCUUAAUACCUAUUUCAGUCGGACUGAAAGCUUUAUGGACCAUUGACCUACCCUAAUGUGCUCAACAUUGUCAAUUCCCUCAGACUCUAUUACCAGAUCAUUUACUGAUAAAAUGCAGCCAGGUGUUUAUGUUUUAUCCAGAGUGUCUGCCUGUUUCUCUUGUUAAUCUAAUUAUAUGCUCAAUUUUCCCUAAAGUUGAGUUUGAAAUAAAACGAUUUCAAAUUCUCCCAUGCAAAUAACUUUGCUUUCCUCUUUAUUUAAGAAUUUUAAUAUAAUAAAUAGAGAAUAACACAUGGGUGCACGGAAAUACCAGAUUUAUUUUGAGUGUUGAGCAUGAUAUCUGACAAGUGAGCACAGCGAACGAGUGAGAUAUCAUGUUCAACACGAGAAAUAAAUCUGGUAUUUCCAAGCACCCAUGUAUUUUUCUGUUUAUUAUAUAAAGGACAGUCUUUGAAAAGCGAUCAUUUUUACAGAAAAGCGAUAAUUUUCACAUGUGAGAUUAUCACUUUUAUCAGUGCUUGAAAUCUCUAUAAAGCACUAUACUUUAUAUAAUAAAAAAGGGUAAUCAAUAAAUAUGCACUCAAAUUAUAUGCAUUAUACACAAUGAUCAGUUUUUAAAUCAAUUAUAAAGCAAACAAUACAUCAAUAUUUAAAACAAUCUUACUUUCAUUAACAUCGGCAUCUUUGCACUUUUCUUUUAACAAGCCAUUUGGCUUUUUUUUCUUAAAAAAAGCUUUUGAAAUCUACAAAAUCUUACAAAAAUGAAAUAUAUGUGCAAGAAAUGUUGUCAUUUUGCUGUUGUCACGCAGUCGUUACAAUGCAAAUUUUAAAUUUGAUGUUUGCUAUUUGAUGUUUGCUAUUCAUGACAGUCCGCUAUAUUUUGAGAUCAGUGAGGAUGACCACCCACGAAUGGUGAACCAUAGCUAUGUCCCCAUGAUUAUUGAUGAACUUUAGACUUCGCUAAUGCUUUCCUUUACCCAGGGAGCUAUGUCCCCAUGAUUAUUGAUGAACUUUAGACUUCGCUAAUGCUUUCCUUUACCCAGGGAUAAAUAGCCGUGCGGAAUUAGUACCCUCACCCCAGGCUUACGCCCGGAACACCGCUCCGCGCUGUUGGCUUGGGGAUAAUGUGCCCUAGAAUCACCCAAUGCAAAUCUUGGCCUGGAAAUAUAUUUAUUUAAGUACUGCAUGUAAACAUAAAACUGUACAUACUGCACUAUACAUCUCAAUUAGACUUUUAAAUUCCAGUGGUGAGUGCUUACUUACUAUCAAACUGAGAAUUCUCUUGUAAUCAGAUAAUUACUCGCUGGGGCGCUUGUGCCCGGGCGAGUAUAGGUUUCGGCAUGCAUUUUUCAUGGCUCGGCAAUCUCAAAUAGUGGAUCUCCAAUCGUCGAUAGCCACAAAAUAGAAUAUUAAAGAGCUGCCUAAUAAAACCCAAUUUAUCCUUUUCAAAAUGGCGGGCUUUCGUGGAGUGGGCAAAAUGUUUCAAACAAUUUCGUUAAAAUUUUCAAUGUAUUGUACCUGUUUUCUAUGGAUUUUGCAUUGUGUCUAACUCUGGACAUUCUUGCUAGUUUAGUUAAUGUACAGUAUUUUUCUUGGUGCACGGCUCUAAAAAUCCGAAAUGUACGUGGAUCCUCGAAUUCCAGUGCACGAUCAUAUUAUCACUGUAUACUGAAUCUGAAUAUAAACGAGCUGAAGACAAUUUCAAGGUAAAAGGUUAUAACUAAAACUACACAACGUAGUUUUAAUAGAUAACUACUUGAUGAGAAACAUAUUGGUGUCAUAUCAAUAUAAAAUUUAUCCAACAAUAAUAUGAUCACUAAUAGUUAUAAGCUGUGGAAACGUGAAAACUGUAGUGUGAAAUAUAUUGUAUUUGUAAUGCCUUUUAAUUAAUGGCGCAAAAAUACCACCGUUCGAUUUAGCGUAAGAAAUUGUACUUAAGGAUGUCUGAAGUAUUACCAAACAACAGUAUUCUAGCGAUUUAUGGCCUUUGAAAAUCAAGCGAAAUUGUAUUGUUGACAAAUCGCUCGCAGUACGUAUUGUUGACAAAUCACUCGCAGUACGUUUGUCUUGUAUUUGUAUAAAUGCCUAAUGGCGCAAUAAGGAUAAAAUACCACCGUUCGAUUCAGCGUAAGAAAUUAUACUCACGGAUGUCAAAUGUAUUACUAAACAACAGUAUUCUAGCGAUUUAUGGCUUUUGUCUUUGAAAGCCAAGUGAAAUUGUAUUGUUGACAAAUCGCUCAAAAUUAUAUUAAACAAAUUAUAAAAAAUGCAUUUUAUCCUUGAUAACUUUAGUAUCGUUGGUUUUCUCUUUUUCGUCCGUAUACCAGUGGAUUCGUCUCACUUCUCUCUUCAUUUUGACAGUAUUGUGAGCCGAAAAGCUCCAAAAUAAUUUAUUUUGAACGUUUUAAAAUGCACCUAGCGAAUUUGAGAGCGGCAGCACUCUCCAAGAGGCAGCACUCUCUGAGAGCGGCAGCACACUCUCUGACAAGCAAAAUCGACUGGUAUGAGACAUUAAAAUAAUAAAGUAUAUAGGGGCAUUGCUAUUGGGGCACAAGGUAAAUAUGGUGACAAAGUUUGGUUUUCAUUUGUAUAGCCCCAGCGAGUUAACGCUCUAUAGAGCGUCUUGUUAUUAUUUGAAUUUGCACAUUAUUUUCAUUGUUGAUUUUAUUAAACAGGUGGCAUUAUGAUUGUUUUAAUUUAUUCAUUUGUAAACAAUUAGUAAUAAUUAUAGCUUUUGGCAAAGAGACAUAUAGUAUGUCUGUUAAUCUGUUUAAAAAAAGAAUGAUAGCAUGUGUUAUUAAACUUUGUGUUAAAAACACACAAUUUUGAAACACUUUACUGCAACAUUUGCCCAUUGCAUUUUUAAUCACAUCCUCAUUACUUGUGUUUUUUAAUGCAUGUACACUAAACCUACUGAUAGAUAUUUUAAUUUCAUUCUGUAAACACAACCACCUCAUGAUUGUCUUCAAAAAUAAAGAGUGAAACUAAUUUUUUAACUCAAGGAAUCUAAUUUUGUGGAAUUUCUCAAUUAUUUCACUCUGUCAAGGACAAGGUGAUAGUCCUGUUGCAACAGCUUUGCUAUCAUUGUUGGUUUUUAGUUUUACCCAAUGACGAAUAACAAUGCAAUUAUCUUUAAUUGUUUUAUAAAUAAUAUUUAAAAGUUUUAUUAUGAUUUGAAAUCCACUAUAUUUAUGCCUAGAAUAUCAAAAUAUGCAUAGUUGUGUUUUGUAUUUUAGGGCUUGUUUAUAUGGAAGCCGGGCUGGCCCACUUAGCAAGACAGCCCUGUAAGCGGGAUGAAUUUCUCUUGUGUUUUUAUGAGAAAAUUUCAUCCUGCUUGCCGGGACGAUUUGUUUUUUUUUACAUUGUUUUGACAGUUGUUAAAAAUAACUUGCGGCAGUAUCUUUGAACUUUCAUCCUGGCAAACGGGCUAGCCCGCUUGUGAGUGUUUAUAUGGAGAAAUUUCCAUCCCGGUAAGCGAGAUCUCGGCUCUUUCAAGCAAGAUCUUGGCAACCGGGCCAGCCCGCUUGUCCAUAUAAAUGCAUGAUAAUUUUUACUAUCAAAAUAACUACACAGCGAGAUCUCGCUUACCGGGAUGUCUCGCUUAGCGGGCCAGCCCGGCUUCCAUACAAACAGGCUCUUAUAGUAUAUAGUAACUAGGAACUUUGUGUAUGCUUAGACAAUUUUUUAUUUCUUUAUUAUUUUAUUUAGAGCACAAAGUUAUUAUAGUUGGUUUAGAUAAUGCUGGGAAAACUACAAUACUUUAUCAAUUGUAAGUUGCUUAAUUAAUUAACCUUUUUUCUAGUCAAAAGUAGCCUCUUUCGCAGGCUGUGUACAUCACUAUUUUCAAACCCUUGAGAGACAGACUUGAACCAAGUCUGAAGGUUCUUUUCCACUCAUUGCAAAAACCAACUUCCAAAAGAGUACUUUUGUUGUAACGGAUAGACUUAACAUUUGAACACAUUUAAACGAUGGGGUGAAUGUUGUAACAUUACAUGAAGUACUAAGGGUUACCUGUAUUGGGAGCCCGCACUCGAGUGGUACAUUUGUUUAUAUUAUUUUAUUUGACCGCCAUGUUUUUGUUAGUAGGCAACUAUUUAAGUUUAAAUAAAGUUAUUUACUUCACAACAACUUUCAUCCAAUCAUGACGCUCAACAAUUUAUUUUAAUUAGAUGCAAGCACUCGCUGCAGCGGACUUGCGAGUUGGUUUUGUGAUGAGUGGAAAAGAGCCUUAAUUUAAUUCAAAAGCAACAGUUAAAUCGGUUGUUAAAAAAAUUCAGUUUUUUUCCGGUUUAUUGAUUAACCGCCUCACCCUAAGGCCUUAUCGAGGAAACAGAGACCUGAUAAUAAAAAAGAGCCCAUUGACCUAACGUUACCAUAUGAGUAAGGGUUGAAAUUAGUCAAAAAUUUCCACGGACAGAACAUUUUCCGAAAAUAUCAUUGUUAAAAGUUGAAAAUUUUCGACUUCAAAAUUUUUUCCGGCGGAAAAUUUGUGUCGGCCAAUCACAUUUUACAAAAUUCUCUUUCUGUGGAAAAUUUUCCUGAGUGGAAAUGGGCCUUUAGAGGGGGAUUAGCCUUUCUCACGAUGACGAAUAUCCACCAUUUUUGGGUGGUAUCUAAUUCUCGUUAACCAAUGUAGACAAUUAAAACAAUGUGCAAAGCAAUUUUUCAAAAUAAACUAGCCAUUUACAAAGCAAAUUUACCAUCAUUCGUCCAAAAAAUUAUAAAAAGUCACAGUUAUGUCGACUUGUCUCGCAGACUUUGGCUGAAAAACCACCCAAAAAUGGCGCUGUGAGAAAGGCUAACUAUUGAAUUAAUUUAUUAUUGAUUUCAAGAAAAUUUCAUUCUUUCAAAUGGAGCACUGCGUUCAGUUCAUUGCUAAUUUCGUGAAUGUUUUAAAAUGUUUUAGCCAAAUUACGCUUUCAAACAUCCUUUUAUGCAAAUAUUUGUGAGUUUGCAAAAUGACGUUUGCACGUUUCUCAGAAAAAUGAUUUGCAAUUAGGCCAAAACAUUUCACACUUGAUUUGAACCCUGCUAUCAAUCACUUUAUGUAUUUAACAGUUGGUAAUUCUUUUUUAGUUUAAUGAAUGAGGUGGUCCACACAUCCCCAACAAUAGGAAGCAAUGUAGAAGAGGUAACAUGUUUUCUCUUUAAAUUGCUCCAACUAAAGUGUUACUUCGAUUAGCUGACUAUCUUUACUUUGUUCACUUACAGAUUGUUUGGAAAAACAUGCAUUUUCUAAUGUGGGACAUAGGAGGUCAAGAUGCCCUGCGUUCCUCAUGGGAUACUUAUUAUGCUAAUACGGAAGUAAGUGUUGUUUCAGUCUAUAUACUGAUACUCCAGUAGUUAUUGCCAUGCUACAUACAUGGUACAAACUGAAGGUGUACUUUGUCUUUAAGAUGAAGUACAUAAAAUAUAGUUUUUUGAAUGGCAUUUAUUCAGUACCCAGAUAGCAAGAAUGCUGUGUACCUAUGUGGUACUUGUUGGAAAAAAGAAGAAAUACCAUACCGUAAUAUUGGUACGCGAAUUAUUGCACCCAGGAUUAAUUUAAGAAGCUUUAAUCGAACUCACUAAAAAUUACUAUUAUACUACAACAAAAACGUUAAAACAAAAUAGUAGACAUUACAAACAGCAACAUGCGACUUAGAUAAGAGAUUGGCAAACAGACUCACAUGUUCUACAGUACAAGGCAAACCCCGCAGGGUAAUGACAAUAUACAGAAUAUACAGAUGAAAUAUAUAGAAAAAAAUUCCUGCACAGCUUCUACACAAUAAAAAAGUUCGACAAAGAUUCGAACUUAAAAAAAUCUUUCAAGGAAAAUUUCCCUUCGCCCCUCCAACGAUAUCUAAUGGUCCGCCCUUUACAUAUAUAUUAUUGUAGUUAACUGCCACUUUCCUAAUUUUUUAAAUAGUUUUAAUAACACAAGAUCACACCGUCCAUUUAUAUGCACAGUUGUAAUAGCAUGUAUUGUAUAGCAUGUGUUUUAUUUUUCGUUUUAGUUUGUAAUAAUAGUGAUAGAUAGUACCGACAGAGAAAGAUUAGCUGUAAUAAAAGAAGAAAUUUAUAAAAUGUUAGCCGAUGAAGUAAGUUCAAUUUCGUUUCCUUAAUAUUUAGCUUUGUAUUUUGUGGAAUAUUUUUGUACAGUAUUGUCAGUAUAUCUGCUGGAUGUGACAGUAUAUAUUCUAAUAUUCAUCCUUCUAUUGGUGGGUUUCAGACUUUCAGCAAGCAUUACGGGGCACCAAAUCGGGCUUGAAAUUUCCCUAAAACUUCUGGAACAACGCCAGUGAGGUUAAAAAUUGCCGUUGAGUGCAGUGGCUCUCUAUGGCAAUUUCCCCCUAUUUUUUUAGUGGCUCUCUAUG